AUGACCGACCUCUCCUCCUACGACGAAGUCCUCAACUCCCUCUCGGACGAGGACAACUACUACACCAUCAACAGCAGCGAUCUCUCUCCCUCGCUCCAAGCCUGGUCCAACUCCACAGACAUCGACGAGCUCGACCUCAACAGCCUCAAUCUCUCUUCCAACUCAGACUCAUGGGUCGACCCCUUAGAAUCCGCCAUAACCGCCACACGCAACGGCUCCUCCCCCGUCCUCAGCACCCUGUCACAAUUCACCGCCAUCCUCGCCCAAACAGGAAUCCACGGCCCCCGGAUCCUCAAGGCCCUCAACCUCUCCACACGAGGGACCAAAAUCGGCGCCGGGGCCCAGUUCACCGUCUUCAGCGACCCCGUCUACGAAGGCCAAGUCAUCAAGCGCGUCAAUGUGCCGCUGUCCAGUAAAGCGGAGCAGCGCUUCGCCGCCAGCAUGGACUACCGUCUCCAGCUGCGCACGCUGGCGCUGGAGGUUCUCUCACUGUGUAACCCCGCGAUGCGCGCGCACCCGAACAUCACCAGCCUCCUGGCGUGGGGGUUCGAUUUCCCCUUUGCGGACAUGGCCGUGCCGGUGCUGUUCAUGGAGGCUGCGAUGAUGCCCUUGUCUGAUUUUCUGGGCGCGGAGAAGCAGAGCGUGGAGGUGAGGUAUCAGCUGUCGCUGGAUGUCGCGAAUGGGCUGGAGGCGCUGCAUAAUCUGAAGAUUGUGCAUGGGGAUGUCAAGCCGGAUAAUGUGCUGGUGUUUGCGGGUCCGAGUGACCGGGUGCCCUUCCGGGCGAAGCUGAGUGAUUUUGGCGUCUGUGUGGAUUUGGAGGCGCCGGAUGCGAAGUUCGCGUUGAGCGAUUAUCGGGGCACGCCGGCGUGGCUGGCUCCAGAGGUGGUGGAUGGUGAUCUGGCGAGGUUUGGUGGGUUUUCGUCUGAGCUGAUGUUCAGGUUCGACGCCUAUAGCUUUGGGUUGGUGCUGCUGUCUAUCUUUGCGAGUGACGGUGAGGCGCCUGUUCUGGAUGAGGACCCGGAGAAUGUUCCCGAUCAGGUUUUCGAGCUGCUGUAUAGCCAGGAGGACAUUCCCUCGUCUAUACGUGGGGAGCUGCGCAAAGCUAUAUCGAAGCUGCUGUCCGAAGAUCCCGGAAAACGGUCACUUCCUGGUCCGGGUCUGAUCAAAACUGACUCCCCGGCAUACGCAGCUUGGCUCUCCUCCAUCCAAUUGACACCCAAAAACACUCACGUGGGCAUCAUCGACCCGAUCUAUAACAAAGGUCCCUUGUUCUGGUACCGGCUCGAUGAGACCGUUCGCACAGAGCUGGAAGAGCAAUAUGCCCUGACCAAAGAGGGAAACGCACCGCCAUUCCCCGGCGAUGUGUUUUUUGGACUAGCGCAGACAGUCACCGGCGCAAAGCCCUCGUACCUCGAUCGGCUGCUGGCGUAUCUGGCCGAGGCAGCGAGGGCGGGAUACUCACCUGCAAGGGCGGUAUAUGUGCAGAUCAUGAAGGCGCAUGGUCGAAAGCCGGAGUUUGAGGAGGGUGUGUUGGAGGAGUGGAUGAUGCAGGCCGUUUCGGAGGGGUAUUUCUUUGCAAGUCCCGGUUAUUUAGGGGAAAAGAUCGAGGAUGCAAGGGAAAGGUUCAGGGCCAACGGAGGCUUCUGUUCGGAUCCGUUUCUGGGGAAGAAGGAUGUCGUUGAGGCUGCGAGGGACAGGAACAGAGCCCUGAAGUGGGAGAGGAAGAAUGGAAGCGUUGUUGAUCGGAAGCGAAACACAAUCCUGCACGCUGCGGCUGCUUUGGGGGUUAUUGAUGUCGUUCAGGGAUUACUAGAUCACGGACAGACGCCUGUCAAUGUGGAGAAUGAGAAGGGAGAGACGCCACUGUACAAGGCGUUCCAAGCUGGCCACGCGAAGAUGGUCGAAUUAUUGCUCGACAGGGGUGCCGACGCUUCGACUAUGACCCCGCAGGAAAAGGUCAGUCCAAUGCACUGGCUGUUUUUGAUUCCCGACAUUUCGAUUGCUCGAAUCGCGAGGAGAAUGAUCGAGGGAGGCGCAAAUAUCAACGCAACCAUUGAGCCCGUUGUCAAGGAGAACAGUGGUGGAUUUCCAGAGAAGACCCAGGUUCUUCACUAUCCAUUUGAGCUUCCCCACGGCACCCCUCUGCACUGGGCCUGCUUCUUCCGCAACAUGACAGCCGUCGAAGCCCUGGUUUCGCUGGGUGCCAAUGUCAACGCAAGCUAUCAUGCCUCGGAUGCAUCCACCACUCCGCUUGCCUUGACUGCGUACUUUGGUGAAUCCUCUCUAGCCAGGUACUUGGUAUCUCACGGUGCUGAUGGCAGUCUGGUCGACUCCAUUGGACGCAACACGCUGCACGCAAUAACGAAAUACUUCCCCGAGCGACAUGGCUAUCUCCCUCACCACUGGCACUACUGGAUCCGUCACGGCCACUGGGAGCAACAUCUGACCCGUAUGACGGAUCUGGUUAAGAUACUUGUGGACGCCGGAGCAGAUAUAAAUGCCAAAGACAAGGCAUAUCCGCCGUUGACUCCCAUCGCCGCUGCUGCCGAUCUAGGAGUCUGGGACGGAGGGGUAGUCUGUGCGCUGUUAAACGCAGGGGCAGACUUGAGUGAAUCUGUUCUGUCGGCUGGAGAUACGGUUCUGCAUACGUGGGCAUCCAUAGUUGGACCACGUCUAGCCUAUCCCGAUUCUUACCUACCAACCUUGACGAAGAUCGUCAAUGCCAUGCCGGACAUUGACAUCCUAAACAUGUUUGAAAAGGAAACUCCGCUGCAUUCGUUAGCCACUAUCUACCACCUAGAGGAUGAAUUCGAAGCAUCAUGCGAGAUCUUCCUCCAUCACUCCCCUCCAGCAGACAUCAACGCAAAGUCCCGCCGCGGAGCGACUGCGUUGACCAUCGCCCUCGGCACGGAUCUCGACCCGGCACGACGAGGCCUCUUCCUACUGAGCAAGGGAGCGGAUCCGCUCGUCCUCAACGACCUGGGAAGGGACAUCUUCUUCGCGAUCGUCAACAACACCGUCCUGACGGACCAGGCCUCGCACGAUCUGAUCCAGACUUUCCUCCGCCACUUGAAUCCUGAUAUCCAGCAAGCCUAUACACAACAUUAUCUCCCCAAUGCCAACAGCCACCAUACCCUUUUCGCCGCCGCAGAACGUGGCAAACCGCUCACGCUAACACUUCUCCUCUCCCUGGGCCUAGCCCCUCGUAUCAACGAACUCAAUCCAAGUAAAUCCCCAUCAUGGACAGUCCUAGAUCAAGCCCUUCACUCCGCGGAAAUCAGCCGCCGCUCACACAUGCGACGACUGGCGGACCACAAGCCCGGCGCCAGUAGGAACCAAGCUAUCGAGCAGAACCUCGUGUAUGACGAAUUACAGGGUCCGCCUGCUCGAGCUGCCGAGGCUUACCGGAGUUUUCCCGCGGUGAUACGGAUUCUGAGAGAUGCGGGGGGGAAGCGAGCGUGCGAGUUGGAUGGUAGGUUGAGUGGGGAAUACAUUGCGCAGCCUGGAGAGUGGGACUUUACCGCCAUAUACGGGUAUGGAUUUACGCCGAGGAUGCAGCCGAAUCUCGAAGAGUGGAAGGGGCUGUAUGAGAUGGAGAAAUUCUCUGAGCAGUGGAAAGAGAAUAGGAUGAAGGAUCUGAAGGAGGAGUACGAAGAGGGAAGGUGGAGGCCGGAUGUGCGAAUGCUGGAGGAGGAGGAUCAAUCCUUUGUGAAGGAGCUAGUCUGCUGUCUGGCAGGAGAGGGGAUGAUCACGCUGGAGGCUGUAGAUAGUCAGAAAAAGCAAUGGCAGGUCGAGAUGGAGGGGGGGAGGAUUGUUAGUAGACAGAUGAAGAGGGGAUGA